AUGGUUGAUUCUUUACAAAAGGCCUCGUCAGCAGUUCACAGCGAGCGGACACCCACAUCAUCGACACGUACGGGUGCUGCUCACUCCACAAAUCAUAAUCAACCAUCAGACGCUGCUAGUCAACAAAACUGCACAUCGUCAACGGCAGUGCAGGAUGACGACGAGGGUGACAAUGUCGCGGCUUACAUGGAUGCGAUGAAUGAUCGACCCAUUGAACAAGAACAAGCCGCAGUACCACUUUAUCUUGGCGAACCGCAUCUUCUGUCAUUUGUGAUGGAUGUCUGCAACUCUGGGCACCAGUCUCACUACCUGGUGCCACGCGCCGCGGCUCGCACGCUUCCUUCAGACGACUUGACCUUUUUACGAGUCAAGGGCUGCUUCUCAUUACCUAGUCCCAAGGUGUGCGAAAGUUUGUUGAAACACUACUUCCACUACGUCCAUCCACUGCUGCCGAUUGUGGAUGCCAACCGGGUGCUCACUCAAUAUCACCACGAAGGUGACGCACCGUGCGUGAACCUGCUCCUCUUGUGGAGCAUGUUCUUUGCCGCCGCAAAUUUUGCAAGCCCUGAACUGGUCCAGGAAGCCAAAUAUGCUUCGCGGAAAGCAAUGAAGAGAGAUCUGUACCAGAGAGCAAAGUUAUUGUAUGAUUCCGACUACGAAACUGACAAGAUCGUGGUCAUUCAAGCGGCGCUUCUACUCAGCUACUGGUUCAUCGACUCCGAGGACCGCACUGGCACCUACCAUUGGAUAGGCAUUGCCAUCAGCCUUUGCCAUACCAUUGGCCUGCAUCAAGAUACCCAACGCCCAUCCUUGAAGACGGCUACCUUACCCAACGCCCAACACGCCCUAUGGAGAUCGAUAUGGUGGUCAUGCUUGUGCCGAGAGACUUGGAUCUCUUUCGGUAUGGGGCGCCCGAUGCGGAUCAUGAUGGAGAACUGCAACGUUCCCAUGCCGACCCUCGAGGACGUGAUGCUGUUGUACGGAAAUGACACGACCCCCGGGCGAGAAUCUCUCAUGCCCCAAGAAGUGCCCUCGCUCGCCCUGUGUUGGCUCAAGAUGCUGAACACGACAGUGGCACUGUACAACAUCCACCGGACACACUACGGUCCUAACAGAGCAAAGUCCUCGACGGCUGACAUUGCCCGUGAUCAAGACAUGUUGCUGAAUUGCGCCCAAAUGCCGUCUGCUUCCGGCACCAGUCAAGGCAUACACCAGCCCUUGAGACUGGUCCAACAGCAACUCGAACUCAUUGAACAGUAG